GCAACCGAAACUGGGCGUUCCAAACAAUUGGGACCCGGGAUUUUCAGUGAGCAAGGCCGUGCUGCGAUUGCGCUGAUUCCCAUCCUAAUACGAGCUCCUCUUUCGACUUUUGAGCAUGCCUCCCACCAGGGACUCUUUCCAGCAACCUACGUUACAUAACGAUGACUCCUGCUUGGGAAAACUGCCGGCUUCCAAGAAAUUGCCAUACAAGAACCCAGCUCACCUUGAUCAACAACAGGAACCCUGGCGUCGUCUCAGUUCAACUCCCACAAUCAACUCCAUAAGGCGGGAUGCCUACUUUUUUAAUCCCACGAUACCAAAGGAUGACCUGGAUUUCCGCUUAGCUGCCUUGUAUGACCACCACAGUGGGGCAUUCAAGAACAAAAGCGAGAUCCUGUUACACCAGGAGACUAUCCAGGAUACCCACAACAUCAAGUGCCCAUUUGCUGAGGAAUGCUCACCCGUUCCUGCUCCACCCCCCAUCACUUCCUGGACCAUCAGACACUGGAUUAAUCCUAAGAAGGAAUGUAUCCACAGCAUCCAGGGAUCCAUAGUGUCCCCUCAUACAGCAGCCACCAAUGGAGGUUACUCCCGAAAGAAUGAUGGUGGUUUCUUCUCCACCUAGUGUUGUCAGGCCAGUGGACUUGGAUAUCCUGUCAUCCAUCUCCAUUAAAUAGAUUUGUGCAAAAUGAAACAUGAA